AUGGCCGACGACUUGCUGCGAAUGUUCCAAAGCAUUACUACCAGCGACCACGAUGAGCUGGUGGAUCAAUUUGCGCAUUUACUGCAGCUGGACGUGCAAACAGCCUCGUUCUUCCUCGAAUCGUGCAACUGGAACGUGGAGACCGCAGCCAACAACUAUUUGGCUACAAUGGAGGCCUCUGGAGCCCCCAGAAUUAAUCCCAUGGAGGGAAUGGACAUGGCCGAUGACCUCGACAUGGAGGGCGCCGGAGAUCCAGCCAAUAGACAGCAACACCAACAGCCCAACUCGGCGUCGUACCAAGCGCAGUUUAUCAGCGACCUGUCAGCCUCUCAAAGCACAAUUUUCGCACCUGAUACCCCUGUGCACAUGCAAUGGAGUUUUGUGAACACUGGCACUGAACCCUGGCCCGAGGAAACGCGUCUUUUGUUCGCACACGGUGAUAGCUUCAAGGGGCCAGAGCAAAUUGCAGUUGCGGCGCUAGCAGGGCAACGGAUAGAUAUUCACGCUCCGCUAUGCAUGCCAUCGGUGCCUAGCUCGUACGCAGGCAGCUGGAGACUGCACUGCUCCAGUGGCUUCUUCGGCGAUCCCCUCCAAUUUGCUCAAGGAGAUCGACAGCCUUCGCCUUCCUCGGCUGUCGUGGAAGAUAUGGAUCUAUAG